AUAAACAGGAAGGAAGGCGAGUAACCCGGAAAGUAACCGAAGGAGAUCGCCUCCUCUGGACUUUGAUACCUAUGUAUGGGACCGCUCGAGCAGGAAUAGAAAUACAGAAGUUGGCAGCUUCCCUGGAAGAGUUGGCCAACAAAACUGCUGAUGUGUUGGCCGAAACCCAAUCCCAAGUAGCAGCCAUAACGACCGAAAUGAUUUCCACUAGGCUAACGACCCUUCAGAACAGGAUGGCUCUGGACUAUAGGCUAGCAGAGAAGGGUGGUACCUGUGCACUAAUUGGAGAGGAAUGUUGUACGUACAUACCUGAGGUCUCCUCUAACAUUACUGAAAUCUCCAAACAUGUGCGAGACAAAAUCGCCAAGAUAAGGGAGGCUGGUAAUCGGUACCCGAACGAUAAAAGGAUGGGAAUGGGGGAAUUGGGGAUUGACUGGUUGGGGAAGGUGGUUGGUCAUUCUAGCUAUCUAUGGAUUAUUGAUAUUAGUGGGUCUGGUGGUAGGGUUCAAUGUCCUAAAAUGGGAACCCAAAUACAUCAUCAGAUGCUUUUACAAUCAGCAGGUGAUAUGCAACAAAGAGAAAGUCAAAGAAUGCUUCUAGAGUUUGAGGGACAGACAACAUAAAUGUAAAAUGUAAGAUUGUGAACCUCAUCGCCAAAAGGCGC